UACAAAAUGAUGUUCCAUUCCAUAUUGCAAAACAAACAGUCAAACAGGCAUACUGGGCUGUCCCCCGAGAAGUGAGAGCCCACUCAAUAAACCCUGAAACAAAAACCCUAAUUCCUCCGUGGCCAUUUCCACUACACAUACAGUUGAGAGCCACAAGAGAUGGAGCAGAGGCUUUCUAAUUCAUGGCGAAUGACAAUGAAUGAGAAGAAAUUCAUUGAGACGGCGCUGCUGUCGGAUCUCAGGAUCGAUGGCCGCGGUCCUUUUGAUUAUCGAAACUUGACAAUUCAGUUUGGUAGCGAGGAUGGCUCAUCGGAGGUACAAUUGGGCCAAACUCGGGUAAUGGGAUUUGUAACCUCACAGCUAGUGCAACCUUAUCGUGACCGCCCGAAUGAAGGAACUCUCUCCAUAUUUACUGAAUUCUCUCCAAUGGCCGAUCCCUCAUUUGAAGUAGGGCGUCCUGGGGAAUAUGCAGUGGAGUUGGGGCGCAUAAUUGAUCGCGGGUUGAGGGAAAGCAGGGCAGUGGAUACAGAAUCCCUUUGUGUUAUUGCUGGUAAAUGGGUGUGGUCUAUUCGUAUUGAUCUUCACAUUCUAGACAAUGGCGGGAAUCUUGUGGAUGCUGCCAAUAUUGCUGCUUUGGCUGCUCUUAUGACUUUCAGAAGGCCAGAAUGUACAUUGGGAGGAGAAGACGGUCAGGAAGUUACCAUACAUCCCACUGAAGUGCAGGAACCACUUCCUUUGAUUGUCCACCAUCUACCUAUAGCAGUAACCUUUGCAUUUAUUGGGGCCGAGAGCACCGUGUUAAUUGACCCCUCACACUCUGAAGAAGCUGUUAUGGGAGGAAAAUUGACUGCUACUCUCAAUACAAAUGGUGAUGUCUGUGCUAUCCAGAAAGCUGGAGGAGAAGGCGUCAUACAGAGUGUUAUUAUGCAAUGCUUGCGGAUUGCAUCUGUAAAGGCUGGUGAUAUAACAACCAAAAUCAAGAAAGAGGUUGAAGUGUACAACUCAGCAAGAGCUUUGAAAAAGAUCAAACGACACCCUUGUUCUGUUGGUGUGAGCCAAGUUGCUUGGAAGGGAGUUGGUAAUUUAUCAAAGGAAAUGGGGAAGCCUGAAAUGAAAACAGAGGAUAAAAGUACGAAAGAGGACUUGGAAAUUGAAAUCCAUUCAUCUAAAAAUGAUGAAAGCAGUUUGGGAGAUGUCAAACCUAAAGCUUUUAUUGGCGGACCAUCUAGCUGGGAUUCGUGUUCUGAGGGUGUCAGUGUUGAUGAAUUGAAGGCAUCUCUAGCUUCGAGAGUAAACCCAGAAAAGAAGAUGGAUAUAUUACCACCUGAAAAGCCAGAGAUUGGUAAACCCCUUAGAGGUCAGGAUCCGUCACUUCCGUCACAUGAUACUGAUGGCGCUCAACAACAGACAAUCAAAGAUAAGAAGAAGUUAAAGGAUGCUGUGAAGUUGAAGCGUAAGCACAAAAGAAAAAUGAAGAAUUUAACGAAUACUGAUGGGAGUUAGCAUUGGGGCUGUGGUAUGUUAAUCUCACUUUUUCUCGUGUUGGCAAUGUAAUAUUUUACCUGUCGACGUAUUUUUCUGCAGAACAUUGUAAAUUUCUUCUUACUUGUUUCACAAAAUACAAAUGCCCCACAUAUACACAAAUCAUUUGAUUGACCCCAUUACUGAUUGUUGCAGAUUGAAAAUAGUCUCAAAACUAGUCUAUUUUACUGAAAUGACAUCUGUUAGUCGAGAUACUUUUCAAGGCAAGGUCAUCUCACGUGCAGUCUUGGAACUAGAAAUAGUUGUGGCUUGUCUGGACUGUGUUAGAAAUGCGGAUAGAAUGAACUAAAAAGCUUUGGCUGGGUACGGCUGCAUUUGAGAAACCCGAAAAUUUAGUUGGUUAUGUUUCUAACUAAGUUGCCUCUUUCCUGACCAUCUAGAAACAGUUAGAAGAAGCGGUAUUCCAUUACUAGUAAUUUUGCUAUGUACCAUUUUCUGCUUAUUAAACCUAUGAAUGAUAUAAAAAACUUCGUUUCAGUACUAACCCAGUAUAUCAG